UGAUUGUCAAAAGCUUGACAGGAGGGAGCGCGGAGCACUAACAGCGGGGCAUUCCGACGCUUCAGCCCAUCACUCUGCAGCUGGAGCGAGUUUUCAUCCACUCAAGUGAUUUAGAGAAACAAGAAGAGACACACAGAUAAAAGGCAUCUUACUUGUCAAGACUUUCUUUCUUUCUUUCUUUCUUUGUCACGGUCAUGCGCUCUGGCUGCGCGCUCUGGACUCAACCUGUGGUGAUGGGUCGCGUCAGGAGAUGAGGAUCGGGCAGCGUGGGGAGCAGGGGCGCAAAAGAAAGUCUGGACGCGAAGGUCACAUGGUGAGAUAAGGCUGAGACUGCCUCAUGUGUUGGGCCUCCUCUGAACUCUGGUCCCCACUGACCGCCCUCCUCCCAGCAUCAGUGGGAUGUCCCAGGUGUGUCUCCCCUUGGCCUUGCUCAUGCUCUGCAGCUGUGCAAAGGUUUUCUCUACUAACUCCCUUGAGCUUGUGAAGGAGAAGUGGAGCAGCUACAAAAACCAGUGCCUGGACUACUUCAACACCACGCCCUCGUCUACAGGGCUGGUGUGUAAUAGGACCUUUGACCUUUACGCCUGCUGGCCCGAUGGACUCCCAGGAACCACUGUCAAUGUCUCUUGCCCAUGGUUUCUGCCAUGGUACCGUAAAGUCCAACAGGGUAUGGUCUACAGACUCUGCAAAGAAGAUGGCCAGUGGGCAAAGAAGAAUACCAGUGAAUGUGAGGAUGACCCCGGUGAGCAACAGUACGGACGGCUCCUCAGUCAGCUACGGAUCAUGUACACAGUCGGCUACUCUCUGUCCCUGGGAGCUCUGCUACUGGCACUGGGAAUCCUCAUCACCUUCAGGAAGCUCCACUGUAUGAGGAACAACAUCCACAUGAACCUGUUUGCCUCCUUCAUCCUGAGAGCAGUGUCCAUCCUGGUCAAAGACGCCCUGCUCACCCUCACCCUGGACCCCAGGAGCAACAGUGACACGCGGACACAAGCCUGGGUUAGCAUACCGGCUGUGAUGUGGUGUCGCAGUGCCAUGGUGAUGAUGCAGUACAGCGUGAUGGCCAACAAUUAUUGGCUGCUGGUGGAAGGCAUAUACCUGCACAGUCUGCUUGUCAUCACAGUGUUCAGUGAGAGGAGGUACUUCUUCAUUUAUCUGGCCAUCGGCUGGGGUGCGCCGCUCAUAUUUGUGGUACCCUGGAUUACGGUGAAAUAUCUCUAUGAGAAUGAGGAGUGCUGGGAGAGGAAUAUUAACAUGGGAUACUGGUGGAUCAUCCGCUCCCCUAUACUGUUUGCUUAUCUGAUCAAUUUCUUCAUAUUCAUCCGAAUAAUAAAAAUUCUGAUGUCGAAACUCAGAGCUCAUCAGAUGAGAUACACUGAUUACAAGUUCAGACUGGCAAAGUCCACUCUCACUCUAAUCCCACUGCUGGGGAUUCACGCCAUCCUCUUCACCUUUGUCAUUGACGAGUCAGUUCCCAAAGGCUCCAUGCUGCGCCUCAUUCGCCUCUUCUUUGACCUCCUGUUUAAUUCCUUCCAGGGUCUGCUCGUUGCCAUCCUCUACUGCUUUGUCAACAAAGAGGUACAGUCUGAGAUGCUGAAAAUGUGGAAGAGGUGGAAGCUGGGUAAGGACAUUGACGAGGAGUACCGCCACACCCACAGCCAGACGCCGCACGUCAAGGGUGGCAGCAUCGCUGCCGGCAACCUGAUGACUGCCGACGACCCCAGCGGUGACUCACCUCGCCUCAGCAAAACUGACAAGGGCCCAUCCUGCUCCGUCGCACCGGAGGAGAACCGCCGACUGGUUGUCGCCUACAGCAACGGCUCUGGGAAGGGCCGCUUCACCAAGGGCAAACACUCCCUGCACUUCUCUUUCAUGCCACACCGAGGCCCCACCAGCCAUGCCAGCACCACCACAGAGGAUGUGUGUCUGGAGGAGCGGGCCCAGAGUCACAUAAACGCUCUGAAAGCAGAGGAGACGAAUGUCUGAGGACAAAGCUGAGAUCAGUGUUUAUCAUGCACCAAGAGGACAUUUGAAACAAGUGUUUAUAGGUUUUGGGACAUGGAGCAAGAAAGCACUUAGUGACUUAAAAAUAUCAGGACUGACUGAGCUAUGUAUGAUGUUUUCAAGUAUUUUGAAAUAUUUUAAAUAUAUAAAAUAAAAUAUAGCUCAUAAAACAGCUAAAAAGUAAAACAAAUAAAGAAAUAGUCCUAUAGUCCUUUUUCCAUCAAUGGCCAAAUUUGCUUUAAUCAAUCCUAUGAUAGAUGGAGCUGAGUAUGAAAGACAAUUAGUCAAGUGUGUGUAUCAGUAGGACUUGUCGGCAGUGCCUACUUUCAGCAGUGUUUGUCUUCUGUUUUGAUCGUGUGAUCCUGACCCUGCCCACGUCUCUUCAUAAUUAUGUGCCGCUGUUGCCAUUUUCUGCCAUUGUGUUGCUUUUUUUUGCGGUACUCUU